AUGAGCACAAUGAGAAACAAAGUGCAAAGGAAAUUCAAAAUGAGGGGUUAUACCCUAAAAAUCGACGCCCUAUCCGAAGUCCUAGGUUUCAUCGGCCGAUUUCCUGACGCGGAGGACGAAGCCCUCGACCUCCUCCUGGACGAGCUUCAUCAUAUAUCACUGAAAUCGUCGAUACUGGAUAAGGAGCCGGUGCAGAAAGUGGUGGGACUUUUGCUGGAAGCUGAGGCUGCUGUGGAAGAGGGUCCCACGAGCAGUGGAUUUGGGUCCGGCGCAUCUGCUUUGAGAAUAAUUGAUGCUUUUGAUUUCCCGAAAUUCCGAUACGAUCCGAUCAAGAAAUUGUUUCACAAACACACCGGCAAUCUUCCAAUUCAUGGUGAUGCUUCUGCAAAGGUCAUAUUAUACAGAGAUAGGUUUCUUUUGUUGUCCCAAAGGCUCUCUCGUGACCCCCAUUUUUCUAGGCCCGUGUUUGGUAGCAAUAUUUCUGAAUAUGGCAGCUGCCAGAUAUCCCAAAUUCAAUCUCUAGUUGGUCAGACAGGAAAGAGAUGGGUGAUGGGUCUCAUCUCUCAGCUGGAGGAUGGUCAUUUCUUCUUGGAAGACUUAACAGCUUGCGUUGAAGUUGAUAUGUCUAAUGCAAUAUCCUUUACUAUUAUUCCCUGCUUGCUUUAUUUCUUAUUUGUGGUGUGCUGCAACAUGAUUUGGAGAUGGCCUCAUUCCUUUGCCUGUUACGUUUUGUUUUCUCACCCAUGUCAGUCUCUUAUCCUACGCUAG